CCUAGAGAACAACUUUAGUAAACUCCAAUACUUAAUUGCAACUAUGACAUCAAGCCACAAUUGCGUAAGCUUAGUUGUUUUUGCAAGUUGUUGCUUGUUAAGAAGCUAAACUUGUGUUAUCAAAAUCUAAGCAAUUUACAUUUACAGAAUUAUUGUUAACGUUAAGAGAGAGAGAGAGAGAAACAAUGGGUUUUCAAAAGGAGUCUCUUGAUUUAGUUCUAGUACCAUGUGGUCUUAUAUUGAUGUUUGUUUAUCAUGUUGUACUACUCUAUAGAUAUCUCAAAUAUCCUGAAACUACUGUGUUGGGAUUUGAGAAUCAUACCAAAAGAGCUUGGGUUGAAAGAGUUAUGGAGCUUGAUGAUGUGAGUAACAUGGACCAACCCUUAUCAACAAUAUCUUCUAAUACAUCAACAGCAACAUAUUUCGCCUCCAUCUCCUUAACUUUAAGCUCCUUAAUUGGUGCAUGGAUUGCAAGCAACAACAGCAUAUUUGAAAGUGAUUUAAUAUAUGGUGAUACAAGUUCAUCAACUUUGAUGUUUAAGUACAUAAGUCUCCUCAUUUGCUUUCUUUUGGCCUUCUUUUGCUUUGUGCAAGCAACAAGGUGCUUCAUCAAUGCAAGUUAUCUCAUUAGCAUGCCAAAUUGUAACACACCCAUUUACUAUGUGGAAGUAGCAGUUAUUAGGGGAGGUGAAUUUUGGCAAAUUGGACUUAGAGCUCUUUACUUUGCACUUAAUUUGUUGCUUUGGUUCUUUGGUCCUAUACCUAUGUUUGUUGCUUCAGUUUUCAUGGUUGCACUCUUGCAUCAUCUUGACUCGAAUUCGACCCCAUUGCAUCAGUUUCAACCUCUAUGCAAACCAAGAGGUGAAAGAUUGAUAAGUAAUACUAGGGUUGCUACACAAGUUGAACAUUAUGUAUAAUAUGAUUAAGAAAUUUUGAUACAA